AUGCCGAGCCCGGAUCUCCUAAUGGACAGAUCUGAGCCUGGGGCCCAGCCCAUUGGCCAGAUAAGUUUGGCCAUUACUGAUAAGCUCGCCUCACCAACUACAUUUUUUGACUGUCUUGCACCCUUAUUCCCUUCUUUCCAAGGUUCUCGCAGAAUGGAUUCUGACAUGGUAGUACACAAUGGUGGAUGUCACUGCAAAAAAGUGAGAUGGAAAGUGAGAGCACCAUCCGUUGUUGUAGCCUGGCAAUGUAACUGUUCUGACUGCUCCAUGAGAGGCAAUACACACUUUAUCGUCCCAUCAGAAAGGUCUAACCCAGAUGGCAUAGCAGUUACAUUCAGAUGUGUGGAUCCUGGAACACUAACUCAUGUGGAGAUCAAGCAGUUUGAUGGAAAAAAUUGGGAAAGCUCGUACAAUGAAACAGGCAUUGCUUCUUGUUCGACAGUGCCGGAUAAAAAUUCUGAAUGA